AGAAGACAUUUGCCAAUGGCAUAUCUGAUAAAGAGAGUGGAGGGCAGGCACUCACAGGGGAAGACAGGGUUGCUGAGGACAGGUCAGGCGGCUCACAGGCAGCUGAGCACCGCGCUGGCGCCAGGGAGAAGGCGAGACGUUGGCCCUCCCAGCUUCCUAGAGCGGCCGCCGAGACGCGGGGUGGCGGCGCGCGUGCGCGACCUGGGCCGACGGAGAGCUGGUCUCUGGGCCACGGGUUCUGGGCGGGUGGUGUGGCUGGAGGACUGGCUGUCGGGGACCUGGGGAGGUCAGUGUGCUUCCCAGGUGCCUGCCGUUUCCCAAGCUGGGAAGUCAGGAGACCAGGCAGCAGCAGCUGUGCUUCGGAUGGUCAGGCCCCAGGGUUCUGCAGCGUACGAGUUCCUGUCUGUGGACUAUACCGAGAGGAAGUGGAAAGGUCCGGCACUCAGUCAGAGAGCCGUGUACCGGAGCCUCAUGCCGGAAAAUUAUCGCAGAGUGGCCUCAUUGGCAAAUGAGACUAGGAUGGAGUGUCCAGAUUUGCCUGCAAAGCAGGAAGUUUCUAAAGGACUGGGGUCAUCUGAUGGGACAUCAGGAGGCCUCUGUGGGGUGGUUUCUGGGGAACCAGAGGCACGAACUGCCUGUGAAGGUGCUUUAGAGAAGCUGGAAGGGCAACCCUCAGAUGAGGAAGGGAGCAGACUGGAAAGUGAUUUCUUCAAACUAACACACAAGGAUAAAGGUAAAUCCACAAAAGAUGGAUGUGAUGAAUAUAAGGAUCCAAAUCUGUCCUCUAGUGCUACAGAACAUCAGAGAGUUCUCAAGGGACAGAAAUUUUACCAGUGUGAUGAAUGUGGUAAAGCUUUUAAUUGGAGUUCACAUCUCAUUGGGCACCAGAGAAUCCAUACUGGAGAGAAACCCUAUGAGUGUAAUGAGUGUGGGAAGACUUUCAGGCAGACCUCUCAGCUCAUAGUUCAUCUCAGAACCCAUACAGGGGAAAAACCCUAUGAGUGCAGUGAGUGUGGAAAGACUUACCGACACAGCUCCCAUCUUAUUCAACACCAGAGACUCCAUAAUGGCGAGAAACCAUAUAAAUGCAAUGAUUGUGGAAAAGCUUUCAACGAGAGUUCCAAGCUCUUUGACCAUCAAAGAACCCAUACUGGAGAGAAACCUUAUGAAUGCACUGAGUGUGGGGCUGCCUUUAGUCGGAGUAAAAAUCUUGUUCGACAUCAGGUACUUCACACUGAGUCCUCAGACCUUCUUCCUCUGAACCAUCUGAGCACCUUCAUUCAAAUGCCACCCAGUAUGGAUUAUUAAUAUAUUCUUAUUAUUGUAUAUAUAAUUUCUGGAUGGAUUGAAGCCUUCCCUUGCUGAAAGGAUGACACCCUCACACUCACAGUGGCAAAACAAACCGUUGGCAAAUGCAGUUCCUACCUGGAGUUUACCCUUCACACUAUCUAGUGACUGAGGCACCCACUUCACUUUGAAGAUCAGAUGAGCUGUAACUAAAGCUUUGCAAACUUCUUGGAACUGUCACUGCUGCUAUCACCCUCAGUCAUCAGGCAAGGUUGAAAGAACUAAUGGAAUCACCAAUCUCAAAAAUCUCCAAACUCACUGAAACUGCUGGACUCCCUUGGCCUGAGGUGUUGCCUCUGGCCUUGCUGACUUUUGCAGUACCCUCUUUGUGAGAUAGUCACCAGUAGACCAAUGUCUUUUGGUGUACAACCUUUUGUCAUUCCCUUGUUGUACUGUAAGUCUAGUGUUGUUAUGCCCAGAAUUCGUGAUCCCCAAAGACCACCAGGGAGCCCAGUCCGAUGCAAAAGCAAAGAGCCUUUAUUCGAGCUAGCUCGAGCUCAAUCCCCUACCUGCACCGACGCAGCGGUGAGAUGUUGGAGAGAGAGAGAGAGAGUUUUAAAAGCACAAAGGUUUUAUAGGGAUCUAGGGGCAGUUGGUGGGGUAAUGGUCGUGGCCUUAACCGAUUGGCUGAGGAAGGGUCCAAGUCCCAUUACGCAGGUUGCCAGGCGUGGUUUGAAUGGGAAGUUUGAACGGGUGAGUGGGAAGUUACUCAAGGGGAGGAGGCGUGGUCUGAGGUUUAGAAUGGGAAUUUCUUUCUGCGGUUUUCUCGGGAAGGGGGCCAUGUCGGAGACAUAGUCACUCAAGAUGGAGGACACAGAACAAAAUGGAGUCGGCCGGCCUAGGGCCACUCUUUCAGUGUCUCAUGCUAAAACCUCUCAACACCAGGUUCAGAAUCUCUUCCAUAUCCCCAAUUCAAAAUAUCCUCUUGUUCAUGAUUUGGUAUUUUGGAAAAGCCCCCAGAGGAACAUGGUCCCUGAGCCCUGUUGGAAGGGAACAUUACCAAGUGCUCCUGAUAACCAAUACUUCUGAAAAACUAGAAAGCACUGAACUUUGGGGCACAUAUCUCCCAGCUGAAAAGGAUCCUCCUGACACUUGGUCCUCCUCUUGCACUGGUGACCUUAAAGCCAAGUUGCCCAGGAAGCUGAUGAUUUCAUGUGGUAGACAGUUUCCUUUCAAGACACCAGAGCAAGAAUUCAUACUUUCACUAGCCUCAAACGUGAAAGCCUUUCUUUUUCUCUUUCUCUCUUUCAUGUUGGCGUUGGCUUGGAAAGAUGGCAUCACCCACAUCUCCCAAGCCAGUCUUAAAGGGGAUAACCUUUCAGACUGCUCUAUUUGUCAUCAAAACCCUCCCAUCUGUCCCUGAUGCUGGAGCCCCCCUGGUCCUCCCUGUGACCAAUUUUUCUUCCAUUCCCAAUGAAACCAUAAACUGCAACCGAAGCCACCUGCAGAGUCCAGAACAUUCAGCGCCUUUGCUUUAACCUUUCUUCUGCCAUAACUGUAUGGACUGAGACAGGCAGGGACACUUUGAAAACAUCAGUAUAGUACAUUUUUACAAUGACGUUCUUAUGAUUAUCUAAACCCAAACUGCUCCGGCCUAGAACUGCACUUUUCUCCACAUGCACCCACUCUCCAAAGAGCUUAGAACUAUGUUUUAUUUUAGAACAAGAAAUUACCUUCCCAAGUGCAGUGAAAGCCUAACUGAUCCAUGGCUUACCUGGGCAAAUGAAAAGUCCUAGUGAAUAAAUUCAUUAAUAAUAAUACUUUGAUGGGAGCAGCGUGUGUCCCAGCAGCAUUUAUUUUUGUCUGUGGUGGUUUUGAGGAAAAGCAUAUUUCUUUGGCUUAUGAAUACCUAGAUGGCUGGCACUUAACCGGGCAGUGCCUUUGGGGUUAUCUAAUUGAACCGCUAAACUGCCAACUAUGAAACUGGAACACCUCACUGGUCAAUUUCCCUCAAUCUGUGUUGCUGAAACAAAUAGGAAUUGCCAGAAAGCAUUCACGAUUCAGAAUUUGCUUCUUUUGGUGGAUCUCUAGGAGCUAGAGUGCAGAUGAGGCUAUGAUCAUGAACCUCUACUUAACUCUUGAAGAUAUUCCAGAAUCUACUGCUAAAGCAGAACUGCCCAACAAAAAUCCUUAAACACUCUGGCCAGAGUUGUUCCCCAUACUAGAAUAGCCCUUCAUUACCUUUUAGCUGUGCAGGGAGGUGCUUGUGCUGUAGCCAACACUACUGGUUGCACUUGGACGAAUGCUUCUAGGGAGGGGUGAGUCUCAGCUACAAUAAGAUCACUCACCCAGCCAAUUGGUUUAAGAAAGCGACUCCUUCAGUGAGGUCUUCCUCACUGGGUCAUUUAUUUGACCUUGAUUGGUUUGUGUCUUGAGCACCAUGACUCCAAAGUGCACUCCAGACACUGGGAGGUAUUCUACCUUUGGUAACCAUAGUAGUCCCCCUGAUGCACUCUGUUCACUCAAAGCUUUAAAGGCAUGCUUGCAUCCACUAACCACUAAGGAAAUCAUCUCCCUAAUAUUACAAAGUCACAGGCCACCAGGGUGACUCAGCUAACUAAGCCUCUGAUUUCAGCUUGUGUCAUGAUCUCGCGGUUCGUGGGUUUGAGCCCCAUGUCGGGCUCUGUGCUGACAGCUCAUGAGAAGCUUAAGCAAACUGAAAUUUAAUCAGCUUGUUCCGCUUCUGUACAAUGCUUGAAUUACGGAAACUGAAACCUAACCAGCCUGUUCCGCUUCUGUACAAUUGCUUGGCGCGCCCGCGAACUCCUGCCCAAUCAGUGCAUUACCUGUACUCCCCCCCCCAGCUUAAUGUCAACCAAUCAACUCCCCCGCUGACUGGAAAUCCCCCAAACUGUUUACCUCGGCCUAUAAAAAGCCUGCUCAAACUCCCCUCGGGACCUCGGAGCCUCACUGUUCGUGAAUGCGCGGAGGUCCAGGUUCGAACCUGAAAUAAAUGGCCCUUGCCGCUUGGCUUUGACUCUGGACUCUGGUGGUUCGUUCUUUGGGGUCUCUCGAGCUUUGGGCGUUACACUCAGAGGCUGGAGCCUGCUUUGGAUUCUGUGUCUCCCUCUCUGUCUCUGACUCUCUCUCUCUCUCUGCCCCUCCCUCAUUCACACUCCAUCUCUCUCUCUCUC